AUGAUCGACGAUAUUUUGACUGCGGACGAAAGCGACAACAACUUUUUUGACGGAGGAAUAAAAUUCUUCAAGAGUGACGAAACCAACUCGUUCCACAGCGUAGAACCGGUUGUUGCGAGUGACGACGAGGGUGACGAGGAUGCGGAAGAGAAGGAAGAUCAAGAUGAACCGGGAGGGCCUCACCAUGUAGAGGAAGCCGCGGGACACGGCACAUGCACACCCCUGGGGGAGAAAUUAAAAGAGGGGCACCACUCCUCCCUAACGCGAACCGCUGUAGAUAAUUCUACGCCCAGCAGCAACCAACUUUGCGAAUAUAAAAAUAUAAUUCUUGCGUUAAAAAAAAUUAAUGAGAGCGUCGACUCUGCGUUUGAUUGUAACAGUGUUAACCCGUUUGUGGGGGAACAGGGAAGGCAAAGAAUUGUGAAAAAAAAAAAAAAAAAAAAAAUAGGAGAGCCGCAAAAGGAGCAGGUAAAAGGAGCGCGGCAAGCGGAGCAGGUAACAGGAGAACGCCAAACGGAACAGAAAAAAACAGCCGAACUAGGAAGAGGAACAAAAAAAAUAACACCGCUGCGAGAACAAGUGGAAACAGGAAAAAAAAAAAUAUUAAAUGGCCUACGGCCACUUGAAAAUUGCAAAGUUCGUGUAAAAGGGUGCAACACCAGGGAGGAACGAAUCGGGCAACUGCCAGGCGAGCACAGAUCAGUUGGGGUUGUAGAGGAGUUCGCCGGAGGGGUCGUUCUGCCUCGGGCGCGCUGCGUAAGUCGACGGCGCCAUCAUGAGUGGAACGGUGGCCUGGAAGGGGAAGAAGCGGAAGGAGCCCAAGAAGCAGAAGAAGUCGAAGAAGCUGAAGAAGCUGAAGAAGCAGAAGAAGCAGAAGUAGGAGUAGCGGCCGCAGUGGAAGCCCAGCCAGCGCGCAUCUCGCUGCGUCGAAAGGGGGAGCACAGCGAGGGGAACGAAGGGGCACACGACGGAGCGCGCCAUCUUCUGGGCGGCAGCCAUUUUACCCGCAAAGCUGCCAAGUGUAGAGGGAGCAGUCCGUCGUGCACACAAGGCUUCAACUCGAUUGCGUGCAGCAUGACGAGCAGCGCGGGUGGUAGUAGCACCGCGCAGGGGGGGAUCGACGCGGUGGAAGAAGCGAUUGACGGAGUGGCCAUGGACGCGGUGGUGGAGGCGAGCAGCGAAGUGGCCAUGGACGCGAUGGAGGAGGCGAGCAGCGAAGUGUCCAUCGACGCGAUUGACCAUGUUAGCCCCCACACAGGCGCAAAUGGUCGAGGCGAGGAAAAAACGCCCUGCAGUGAAGACGCCGACCCCCUCGCAGGAAUGGAUGGAGAAGCCUCUGUGGGGGAAAAGGGUAGCCCCGGUGGUAGCCCAACUGAUCAUGUCCAAAGGAGAAGCAUACCGAACGGUGCCCCACCAUUAGCGUCACCAUCUUACCACAACAUUUCGGAUAACUACUCCGCGGUGUACUCAAGUAGGAAAGGCGAAGGGGGGUGCCACACGUGGAGGGGGAAAUCAGCCAAGUUAGAAGACAGCGUUCAGCAGGGCAAAGGAAGGAGCACCCCCUUCUUCUGUGUACCUCCCAAUUGUUCAGACAAAAGGCAGGAUGGGGAAGCGUUUCCUUUUUUUUGCUACUAUGGGUGUGGAAAGGAUGCUCUGCAGCCGGGGUGGAGGCAGAGACAGUGGAGUGUGCAAAGCGAGAAAACGAUGGAGAGGCGGAUGACCAUCCGUGGGAGAGGGAACAGUGUGCCAAGUGAAUACACCUGCAGGAGGAGAGUCUCUUCGAGCACAGACAUUUCGAGCUUAACGUAUACGCGGAGCAAAGAAAUGGUGGAAGGAAUGAAUCGACGCGGUUUGGAAGGAAGGGACCCAAGUGGAGAGCCGCUUAACCAUUGGGGAGAGGAAGAGCCGCGUUACCAUUGGGGAGAGGAGAACCAUCGUGGUGGUUGCGCUGCUAGCGAGAGAGUGUUGCCAAAGUUUAAGUCGCUUAGUAAUGACGUGGGAGAGACGCACAGUGAGGGGCGGCAUUUUGCCAACGCGUCGGUGGGGCAGUCGAAGGAGGAAUGCUACGUGGGUAACUCACAGGGGAGAGGUGUAGGGAGAGACUUGGGGAGGGGGUUACCCCCCUGGGGGGAUCAUCCAAGGGAAGGCCAAGUUGAACCUGAAAGUGGAGACGAUAGAGAAGUGUACCCCAUGGAGGGAGGAGGAAGAAUUCCCCUUUUGGCACCGUCCACACGAAUGUACAGCCGAGAGGAUGUGAAGAGGGGUGACCUUUUCGUUAGAGGCGGCUGCGGUUUGCUGGUCCCCCCGUUUAAAGGCCUAAAGGUUGGCUACCGCAGUUCGGGGGGAAGCCGCCAAUCAGAGAAGAAUCGGCGGCAGGUGGACACUGGCCAAUCGGGAGAGCCCAUCAGGGGGCGGAGCGGCUUCCGCGCAGAGAAGGACAUCUUCUUCGAGGCGAUAAGGAACAUCAUACGGAUCAUGAAGGAGAUCAGAAAGAUAAAAAUGAAUUUGAAAAUCGAAAGGAACUACUCCCUAGUCAUCCAAGACAAAGAAAAAAAAAACGAAUUGGAGAAGCUCAUCGAUUAUUUAACCUACCAAAAGGAGGUGAGGAAAAAAUUGAAGAAGAGCUACUUUGAUAUGAUAAACAAGGGGCUGUUUACAUUCCUCCUGAGGAGCAACCGGGCCAACUUCUUCUUUACAGAGGAGGAGGUGAAGUUGCUCAAGCGAUGGAACGAAAUAAAAUUUACAAAAGUGGGUAGCAGUUCGGGAGGGAACACCGAGGGGGAGGGCGGUAGGACGAACUGCCUUGGGAGGAGUGGUGGUGGUAGUCACACGGAGGGGGGGCCCUCGGACAGGAGAAAGAUCCUCCACCGGUUGCGGCGUUUGAAUGACGUCAUUGGGCAGCAGCAGCGGCAGCAGCAUCAGCAGCAGCAUCAGCAGCAUCAGCAGCAUCAGCAGCAUCAGCAGCAUCAGCAGCAUCAGCAGCAUCAGCAGCAGGUGGAGGAGGAAGGGGUGCGGAUUAACUGGGGAGAUGAAGCCAUGUGGAUCGGAGAGGCCGAUGGAGGGCUGUGGCCCAGCGGGGGGUACCCCCCCGGGGAAGCGCCCCGUCGUGGGGGCAGACCAAGGAAGAGCAAAAAUAUGGACUCGCUCCGAAGCGGAUACCUGGGGAGCACCCCGUCGAGACCCAUCUGGUACGAAUCAUAUUUCGCUCAUUGUGAAAAGAGCCAAAGAAACUCAUUUAACAUUUUUUUAUGCCUAAAAAAUGUGAAGAGGAUAUACAUCUCGCAGAGGUUUAAAAGGAGGAUACAAAAUGGGCAGAUAUAUUUGUCGAAAAUAUACGACGGUGAGAAGAUGCUAGGCCAUGUGAAAUACAUUUUGGAGGAAUUGCUAAACAGGAGUCUCCCCGAGAUUGUGUGUUUACACAUUAAUGACUGCUUCGUCGAUGCGACCAUUUCGUUUUUCAUUUCUCUAAUUCUUCUUCUUUUUAAGAAUGUAAAUACGAUUAAGGUUAUUCGAUGCCAUAUUUAUUAUUCGUACCUGAGCGAUUUUUUGGCUUACCAAAAAAGGAACAACUUGCGGAGCAUGCACUUUGUGUGCAACAGUAUCCUUUGGACGAGGCCCCCAGAUUUCAGGAGCUUUCGCGGGGGGGUGCACUCCGCCAGGCAGCGGGAGAACUUCCUCCUCUACUUUAACACCAACUAUGUGAAGAAGGGGAAGGGGUGGAAGAGGUGGGAGGGGCGACCCAACUCGAGCGGCGAUGCCACGACCGGGGAAUCCUGCCGACGCGAAGAUUCGAGAGACACCAGUUUGAAGAGUUGCCUCCGGGGAAGGGCCCCCCCCUCGAAUGGCGCCGCCACGGGGGAUUAUCGGAUAGUCGUGAAGAGGGGGAAGGAAGUUGCCCGUUUUGGCGUGGACGAGUUUUACGACUGCUUCGUGUUGGGGGGGCGGGAAGCAAAAGGGGGGAGGGAAGCAAAUGGGGGAAGCCAACCGAAGGGGGAGGAUAAUCAAAAGAUCACACCAAACAAAUCAGCCGACCCGCAAAACAACUCUGCCGCGCCGCUAAUCAACUCUGCCGCGCCGCCAAUCAACUCAGCCGCGCCGCCAAUCAACUCAGCCGCGCCGCCAAUCAACUCAGCCGCGCCGCCCCCCACCCCGGCGAACGCGUACAACAUCCACAGCGGCUCGGGGAGCGACGCAAACACGUCGGAAGACUCUUUGAAGGAGGAACUGCAGGAGUGCCUGUGCACAUUCCCGAGGAAAAGAAUAGAAGAGGCAAAUUUCUGGAUGCUAAAAAAGUUAAAGCUAUGCUCAAAUAAGUUGAAUGAUGAUGCCCUCAUGUACAUAUGCACACUAAUCAAAAAGGACAAAUUAAAAAAUCUAAAAGUCCUCGACUUGAGGUGGAAUAAUUUUACCUACAGAAGCUUGUUAGCUCUGUCACUGGCAUUAACAAGCACCACAGUGAGUGAGGCAUCUGAGGGGAUACACUGCAAAAGGAGAAAGUUACACAAGCUUCUGCUCUCCGGAAAUAAUAUCAAAAGUCCGCUGUACUCCUCCUUCCUCUCCAGCUUCUGUACAUGCAAUUUUAUAGUCGUAAGGAAAUUGGACUUCUCCAUGAACCUAAUUGAUAGUGAUUCUUUCGCCAUCACCUUCAAAUAUUUUAGGCACAUUUUUCAGCUCCAAAAAAAGAAGCCAAAAAAAAAAAACAACAUUGGGAACGUCUUCAUAAAUCUUGAUCAUAACAAUUUGAAGAAUUCAUUUUAUAUUAACAAAUUGGCACACCUUUUGAAGAAGUUUCCCUCAAAGGAGUGGCAACCAAAUGGGGAGACCCCAGUGAGGGAGCCAAACACAGGUGGGGAAGACGCUCGGAAAGGAGUGCUACUCAGUUUGCAGUAUAAUAAUAUAAAAAGGGGCACUUGGGGUGAAGAUCCCGGGGGGACUACCUCUCGGAUUAGGUUCUAA